AUGUCAGGCGCUGCCAGAGUCAGCUGGAUUAUUUGUAUUUCCACUCUUUCUUCUCUUUUGUCCGGAUAUGUGCAAAUUGAGGCUGAUAAAGUGCUAUUGGAUACGGUGAUCGGAGCAGUAGGUGCAGGAAACUUUUCUUACUGGCAGUUGGGACACACUGGACCUUUACUUGUGGAACUAACUUCCCUGUCUGGUGACGCCGAUCUUUACGUAUCAGAUAGCAUUAGACCAAGCUAUGAGACAGACAAGAACAACUUCAGUUCAGUUACAUGCGGGCCCGACAUGGUCAAUAUACCAGCAGACUUUCCCAGGCCAGUAGGUAUAGGUGUAUUUGGUCACUGGUCGCACUUUAUAUCAGAAUACAGCAUCCAGGUAUUCCUGGAUAUGUCAGUUGUGCUAAGUGAGGAACAGUUGUUGACAAUAGAGCGGGCACAUCAAGGCAGUGGGGAAGGACAAGAUAUGGAGGAUAAAAGAAGCAAGGAGAAUAUCGUGACGAGGAAGACCGAGGACAACAACAAGCCAAGAUUCCUCAAGCUGUUGAACAUUCUGGAUAUGGUCUUUGAAAUGUUUGUGCUGUAG